AUGGCUACCGCACUUGACACCGCGAACCCCCGGUACAGUAAUGCGGACGCGCAGAUGGUCCAGGCCACGAUCACCACGCCGCGGCUCGAGCUCCGGCCGCUGUCGCCGGCGCACGCGGAACUCCUUGUUGAGCUCAACUCCGACCCGGCGGUCACGCGCUACGUCCACAGCGGCCGGCCCCUGACGCGUGAGGAAGCGCUGGCGGACCACGCGGAGCGCUUGGCCGCGGCGGAGGCGGUAUCGGGGCUGGGAUAUUGGAUGGGCUUUGAUCGGGCGACGGGUGAGGCGGUCGGGUGGUGGGCCCUCACUCCGGUGCUGCCCUCCCCAUCCGCGGCCCCGGGCCCGUCACGAACCAGCGAUGGAGGUGACGGGAGUACGGAAAGGAGGUUCGAAGCUGAGGAGCCAGGUUCAUCGUCGGCGUCCCGAGUAGCGGCGGCACUAGUAGGAACAACACCGGCGGAAGGGUUUCGUGCGGAGCUGGGAUACCGCUUGUUCCAGCGGCACUGGCGCAAAGGCCUGGCCAAGGAGGGCGGACGGGCGCUCGUUCGGCACGGGUUCACUACGGGGCUGUACGUGCGAGAAGCUUACGGGGAGACGAUGGCGGUGAACGAGGCGUCUAGAGCGACGAUGGCCGCGUGCGGGCUGGGAUAUCGCAGGACAUUUCAUCUGUCCUUUCAAGUUGGAGAAGGGGAUGAGGUCAUUCCGGGCACGGAGGAGGGGGAGGUUGAGUAUGCGGUGGGGAGGGACGAAUGGCUUGCUUGGGAUGAUGCGAUGGCGAUCAGGGACGAGGGCCGGAUGUGA